GGUCCGAAGAUUGUGGUAUUUGUUUCUUCUCCGACGAGAUCGCUAUCCGGUGAAGCUCGACGCUCAGCCACCCUGCGGCGACGGAAUAAGAGUUGGAAAGCUUGGCCCAUUCGUUCUCGAGAGCCGCCAGGGAACUCGAGCACCGAGAACAUUGGCACAGGAUGGCCGAGCGGGUCAAUGACGAUAAAUCCAUUGUGAACAAUGAUCCCAAAACCUACAAGAAGGCGUCCGAUAUGCCGUACGCCACCUGCAAGAGGGUUGGAGGGUCAAUGCGAGGACGUUGAAAGGCUCUCCCACGCCGCAAAAAGUCCAGAGGGAUCUCGACUGCUGACUCAGCUGCAACUGGGGACACGUCGGCGGGUCGACUAUUCCCUUUUGAGGUAUGGGUUAGAACCGCACGCGUUUCCGUCUGUCGUCAUUCUAAUUUGGGCAUUUCUUUUUUCCCCGGCAUGGUUUCCGAGUCGGUAUCCGUUUUACCGUAUGGCGUUGUACACGGUAUUCUUCAGGAUCUCCCCGCAUGACACUCUCGGAAUGUCUUCAUUCGGUAAAGGUACAGGCGCCUGAGUCACUGUCGCUUCCCCUCUUCGCCGCAUCCUUUUGGAACUCCCACGAUAAAUCUUGAUGAGACCAUUCUCCCGCGCUUUCAUUCGACCGUUACCUUUGCUUCGGUCGACGUCUUCUGCUCAAAGAGUCGGAUACGGUCAAAGAAUCGUUAUG